AUGUCAUCUAGAACUUCGAGAAUCUUAGUUUCGCUUGCUGCCGUCGCUGGUAGUUACUAUCUAUACUCUGCUUACGCUGCUGCUGCCAAUGCUAAACCUGUCCUCGCUGGCGACGGUAAGUGGAUUGACUUGAAGUUAAAGACUGUUAGAGACGUUACCCACAAUGUCAAAUUGUUUACUUUUGAGUUCCCAGAUAAGAACUCCACCUCCGGAUUGGUCGUUGCUUCCGCUAUCUUGGCCAAGUUCGUCACUGAAAAGGGCAGCAACGUUGUUAGACCUUACACUCCAAUUAGCGAUAUCGAGCAGAAGGGCACCUUUGACCUCUUAAUUAAAAGAUACGAAAACGGAAAGAUGACUAACCAUAUCUUCAAUUUGAAACCUUCUGAAACUUUGUCUUUCAAAGGCCCUAUUUUAAAGUGGAAGUGGGAGCCAAACCAGUUUGAGGAGAUUACUUUGAUCGGUGGUGGUUCUGGUAUAACUCCUUUAUAUCAGCUUAUUCAUCAAGUGUUAAAGAAUAAAGAUGAUAAGACCAAGGUGAACUUGUUAUACGGUAACCAGACCCCUGACGAUAUCUUAUUGAAGGCCGAGUUGGAUACUUUGGCUCACUCUCAUCCAGAACAGUUCAAUGUUCAGUACUUUGUUGAUAAAAAGGUGGGUUCCGAAGAAUUCAAUGGCAAGGUUGGAUACUUGACUAAGGAUGAUGUUAAGGCUGUCGUGAAAGGACCUUCCCCAACUACGCACGUCUUUGUCUGUGGUCCUCCAGGUCUCUAUCAAGCUGUCUCUGGUAAGAAGAAUUCUCCUUCUGAUCAAGGCGAAGUUUCUGGAAUUUUGGCAGAACUUGGUUACGAUAAGACCCAAGUCUUUAAGUUUUAA